GUCCCCGCGCCCGGCUCCUUCGCGGUCACUCAAGGCGGUUCGGCGUCAGGAGGAGCCGAGCCUCUGAGUUUCUGGAGAUUUGUCGCAGCGAUCUGAACGCCCAGACCGGGUUGUCCCGGGGCCGGACUAGACAGGCUGAUUCUGGCUGCUCCUCUUUGCACCUCUCAGCCCCUUGUCGAAGCAGAUGAUGUCUUGGGCUGCCGCCAGCCUGAGAAAAACCGCUGUCCCGUGCUUUCGUGUGCGGUGUCUCGGGUUCCGCGUGGGUCCUUGGAGCGCCUCCCAGCAUGCAAACCCCGGCUGCGGUGCAGCUCCCCACAGGACGCUGCAUGUCAGCGCGACGGCCUCGGCGGGACACAAUAAGUGGUCUAAAGUCCGGCACAUCAAGGGCCCCAAGGACAUGGAAAGGAGUCGAAUCUUUUCUAAACUCACUCUCAGUAUCCGCCUGGCGGUUAAAGAGGGAGGCCCUAACCCUGAGAACAACAGCAGCCUGGCCAACAUCUUAGAGGUGUGUCGCAGCAAGAAUAUGCCCAAGUCAACCAUCGAGUCAGCGCUGAAGACAGAGAAAAACAAAGGCAUUUACUUGCUAUAUGAGGGUCGUGGCCCUGGAGGCUCCUCUCUGCUCAUUGAGGCGUUAUCAAACAGUGGUCCCAAGUGCCAUCUGGAUAUUAAAUAUAUCCUGAACAAGAAUGGGGGAAUGAUGGCUGAAGGAGCACGCCACUUUUUUGACAAAAAAGGAGUGGUUGUUGUUGGAGUGGAGGACAGAGAGAAGAAAGCUGUGAACCUAGAGCGCGCCCUAGAACUGGCUAUUGAAGCAGGAGCCGAGGAUGUGAAGGAAGCCGAAGACGAAGAAGAAAAGAACCUUUUUAAAUUCAUUUGUGAUGUUUCUUCACUACAUCAAGUGAGAAAAAAACUGGACUCCCUGGGCCUGUGUCCUGUAUCCUGUUCGAUGGAGUUCAUCCCUCACUCCAAGGUGCAGCUGGCUGAACCUGAGCUGGAGCAGGCUGUUCACCUCAUCCAGGCUCUUAACAACUAUGAGGAUGUGAUUCACGUUUAUGACAAUAUUGAAUAAGCAGACUCGACUAGACUUGUCUCCGGCUCUUUCCUAGGCCAGCACGAGCUUCUGCAGCAAUCUCGGAGACUGCAACAGGUGGAAGCCUAUUAGAGACCUGCUGCAAUGGCUUACAGCCUUGGGAAAGGGGGACUCAGCUCUGUUGGUAUCACAGGGCCAUCUGGAAUACAAGGUGAGACUGGCCAGCUGGUCUGACUCUGAUCCCAGGUGACAGGCUCUUGUGAAGAGUCUUAAGUGUCCUGUGGUACCGUAGAGUGGCAAAUGACCUUCAGUAAUAACAGUAGUGACUUUUGGAUGCUUUGCUGCUGGUUUGACUCUUGAGGUGUCCUGAUUUGUGUCCAGUUUUUGAGCCUCUGGACUAACUGACACUCAAGUCCACAUGCUUACUUCUCUACUUUCAUACUAAGAUUGUCUUUUUCCUUUUCUUUCUGUUGUGGAAUAGACACAUGGCUGUUCUUGUGGUUGAAUGCUGGUCUAACGACCUAGCCUUUUCACUUGUUCAUGCAGCUAAUGUUUCUUGAACGCCUUACUUUACAGGAAUUGUGCUUUUCUAGGGAGCAGGCAGUUCAGCUGGUGCUUCUGUCCUGCUCUAAGAUGUAAGACCUCAAAUGGAAGACACAGGGAGGUACCCAUGGCGCUGUUCCAGGGUGUCAUGGAUUACAUUCAUUAUCUUUGUUCUCUUCAUGUGGUUCUGUUCCCCUUUUGAGAGCUUAAGCUUUAGUGUCAGUAGAAAA